AAGUGACUCAUUCAUGAUCUUUCUUGUCAUUGAUCUUGAAGCUGGUGUUAAUUCUGUUUAGUUGUGUUGGGACACAAUGUCUGCGUUAAGCGGCGUCGUGAAUAAAUCGCUUCCUUUUCUGGUAUUUAAUGUUACAGUUGCGCGCAAAUAUUUGCCGUUGUUUUUCUUUGCUGUUUCACUUGGAGGAUCAUUAUUAAAAGAACUGGAGUUUGUGCCGAACUCUUACUUCAGCCACAGUAGAAACCUUCUGAACGUAUAUUUUGUGAAAUUCUCCUGGGGAUGGAACCUGGUCCUGUUGCUACCGUUUAUAUUACUGUCCAACUCCUACAACAGAAACCUCAUCUUCGUGUCCAAACGCCUCACAUCUCUUGUGGUAGCCACAGCCAUUUGGUACUCCUGCACUGAGACUUUCUUCUAUAUUGAAAAUAUCACAGGAGCAUGCUACGAGUCAGACACCUUGCAAAUGGUCCAGGAGGAUUUCAGCAUAAAGGCAGAGUGCAAAAAUGCCGGCCACUUUUGGGAUGGUUUCGACAUAUCCGGCCACUCCUUCAUAUUAUCUUAUUCAACACUCAUAAUUGUGGAAGAAAUGGUUCCCAUGCUAAACCUUGUGCAACACUACCAAAACAGAUCCAUCAUCCUUGAUGCCCUGUACCUCGCACUCAAUGCUAUCGCGAUCAUCUGGGUGUGGAUGUUUGCUUGCACCUCGGUGUACUUCCACAACACGAUCCAGAAGUUUCUGGGCACUUUGUUUGGCGUGUUGGGCUGGUGUGUGACCUAUAAGGUUUGGUACUUGAACCCAUUUUCACCAGGACUCCCUCCUCGCCCGAGUGACCAUAAACAACGACUAGACUGAAGAGUUUACAACGACUUGAAAUAUUGCAGUGGAACAAACUGACCUGCAAAGCUAUGACUCCAACCUUUUGACCAGGGUUAUUUGUAGGUUCACUACAUGUGUUGUUUGUCCUUUUUUAAAGGUCGUUUGUGACCAAAGGAUUUGUGUGAUUGUCUCAUGGAGGUGGUUGGCAGCUGGUGUUCCAAAACAGACUCUGUAAUCGGAAAGCGUCGGCAUUAUCUAAAGAUUAUUGUUGCCUUUUAAAAUAAGUGGCCUCAGAUGUGGGAUUCAUGAAAUCUCCUCAGUGUGCAACUUUAUAUAUGUUUGCAUACAAUCAGUGCUUUAAGCAUGUGUCCCAAAUGCUAUAAUGUCAAGUUUUCUUAUUGGUGCAUCAGCCAUUUAAAAAAAAAAAAUAAAAAAAUAAAAAAAUAAA